AUGCAUCUUUCUUUUCUUCCUGUCUUGCUGCUUUCGGGCUUGACGGGGGCCUCCCCCGAAAAGCGAGCGGCUUCUGCCUCAGCCUACUGCUCAAAUUCCGGCGGCAACUACAAAUUGUCCUCAAUCGCCGCCCCAGUCCAAGGCAGCGGCAGUCCAGGCUCGGAAUCGACCUGGAAGUUGACAAUCGAUGAUACAUCCAGCGGACACAAACAAACAAUUGCAGGCUUCGGAGCCGCAGUCACCGACGCAACGGUCACCUCCUUCAACACCUUGUCCAGCUCCAAGCUGCAACAACUACUCAAUGAACUCAUGACCGGUGCCGGUGCCAAUUUUGCCUUGAUGCGGCAUACGAUUGGAGCAUCCGAUCUGUCCGGUGACCCGUCGUAUACAUACGAUGAUAACGGGAACAAGGCCGAUCCAUCCCUGUCCGGCUUUAACUUGGGCGACCGUGGAAAUGCCAUGGCCACGAUGCUAGCCAAGAUGAAAUCCUUGCAGUCCAGUCUGAAGAUUCUCGGCUCGCCAUGGAGUGCACCUGGUUGGAUGAAGCUCAACGGUGUGAUCGAUGGCAACUCAAACAACAAUAACUUGAACGAUGGAUAUUUGACUAGUGCGGGUACUGGCAGCACCGGGUAUGCUAGUGCUUUCGCACAGUACUUCGUCAAAUACAUCCAGGCCUACCAGAAUCUUGGUGCUCACGUCGAUGCGAUCACCAUUCAAAAUGAGCCUUUGAAUAGCCAAGCCGGGUAUCCCACUAUGUAUGUGUUUGAUUACGAGUCAGCACAGCUAAUUCAGAACUAUAUCGGCCCGGCCCUUGCCAAUGCCGGCUUGAAUACUGAGAUUUGGGCAUACGAUCACAACACUGAUGUGACAUCCUACCCUCAAAACGUCAUCAACGGGGCAGGCAAGUACGUCAACUCAGUCGCAUGGCACUGCUACGCCAGCAACGUGGACUGGACAGUCCUGACCAAAUUCCACCAAACAAACCCAAACAUCAAGCAAUACAUGACCGAGUGCUGGACACCAGCCUCAGCCUCAUGGAAUCAAGCCGCCGACUUUACCAUGGGCCCCUUGCAGAACUGGGCAUCCGGUGUCACAGCCUGGACGCUUGGUACUAAUGACCAAGACGGGCCCCAUCUGUCAAGUGGUGGCUGUGCAACCUGCCAGGGUCUAGUUACAAUCUCUAAUGGUGGAUAUACUUUUAAUACUGCAUACUACAUGAUGGCGCAGUUCAGCAAGUUCAUGCCGCCCGGUGCUGUUGUUCUGAGUGGUACUGGAAGUUAUACCUACUCCAAUGGAGGUGUGCAGUCUGUUGCUUCGUUGAAUCCUGAUGGAUCUCGCACGGUUGUCAUUGAGAAUACUUUCAGCAAUGAUGUUUAUGUUACCGUGUCGACGAACAGUGGACAGCAAUGGAGUGGUAACAUUCCCAGUAAGUCUGUGACAACUUGGGUUCUUCCUGCGGCAUGA